AUGGCGGUGACGAUGAUGCUCGCCGCGACGGUGCCGCGAACGCGCGCGCGAACGAACGCGACGCGAUGUGUGAGCGAAGGAACACAGGGAAAGACGAUGCGAUUAGGUUUACCUCGACGGGGCGUGCGAGCGCGCUCGGGGGCGUUUUACGACGCCCCGGGUGACUCCCGAGGGUUCACGAGGGAGGCGAUGGAGGUCGUGAACGCGGUGAACGCGUCGAUGGACGUGCGAAGUGGACCGGUGAUGCCGAGAGACGGCGCGGGCGGGGACCCGUUCGGGGCGCUGCUGAAAAAUCGCAUCGUCUUCCUCGGGCACCAGGUCGAUGAUUUCAACGCCGACGCGGUGAUCUCGCAGUUGUUAUUGCUCGAUCAGCAAGAUCCGACGAAGGAGAUCAAGCUCUUCAUCAACUCUCCGGGUGGGAGCGUGACGGCUGGGAUGGGGAUUUACGACGCGAUGCAGUUCUGCCGAGCUCCGGUGAGCACGGUGUGCCUCGGCUUGGCGGCGUCCAUGGGCGCGUUCUUGCUCGCUUCUGGUGAGAAGGGACGACGCAUGUCUAUGCCGAACGCGCGGAUCAUGAUUCACCAGCCGCUCGGCGGGGCGCAAGGGAGCGCCGUGGAUAUCGAGAUCCAGGCGAAGGAGAUCAUGUAUCACAAGGCCAACUUGAACAGACUUAUGGCGUUCCACACCGGACAAAAGGUGGAGACGAUUGAUGAGGAUACUGAUCGCGAUAGAUACAUGUCUCCGCUCGAGGCGAAGCAGUACGGCGUGAUUGAUAUCGUCAUCGGCGGCGACGACGCCGGCUUGAAGAUUGAAGGCUCCUUCACCGAGAAGCUCAAGACGAAGAAGGAUUACGUGGCUUGGGGUAAUGAGAGCGACGACGGCUCAUCCUCGUCUCGAUUCACGGGUAAGACCCAAGACGCUCCGCUCCAAAAGUAA